UCUUUACAACACCCACAAGCUCGGAGCGAUUUUUUUUUUUCGUUUUCUUGAAAAAAUACCGAAUGUGCUCUUCACGCAGUAACGGAAAGGCGGUACCGGAAAUCCGUAAAUGUGCCUGCAACUUCGAUGUAAGCUCUGUCGGAGUCUGCAUACAUUCAUUCGAUCCAACUCGGCAAUCUUCUGUCUUUCUCUGCAUGGCGACCCCGGAAUAACUUCUUCAAGACGCAAAAUUCUGUGACAGUCCUCGUCUCUUUGACUCAUUCGUUCAUUUCGUUCUUCAGUUUUCACACUCCCAAAAUGUCCCCUGUGGAGUCCCUCAACAAUACAAUGGGUGCUGCUUAUAUCGGCGUGUCGGUCGCUGGGUUUCUGCUGGGAUUAUCUUGUUUGCAAGCCUACAUAUAUUUUUCCGAACAGAACGACACUCGUACCAUUCGUUCCCUUGUUGGAUUGGUGGUAUUAUUCGACUUUGUACACCAAGCACUCAUCAGCCACACCGUCUACUAUUAUCUCAUCCUAAAUUAUGCCAAUCCCAGCGCCCUGUCGUUGGCCGUCUGGAGUCUCUUGGCUGAAGUCCUUUUUAAUGGUUUUACUGCGUUCUGCGUGCAAAGCUUCUUGACAUGGAGAAUCUGGAGGCUCAGCAACAGUAAUAUCUGGGUCACUGGUAUAGUGGUUUCCCUUGUCCUGGCAGAAUUUGGUUGCGUCGUUGCUUUCGGAAUAAUCGCCCUGGUUCGGGUGAGCACAUUCGUAGAGCUCGCGGCCGAUCUCAAGGAACUUUCUAUCACUGUCAAUGCACUUGCGGCGGCUGGCGAUGUUCUGAUUGCCGGUAUUUUGACCAUCCUACUGCAAAAGUCGAAGACUGGAUUUCAAAGAUCCGAUACAAUGCUGAACAAAUUGACUAUGUUUGCCGUCAACACCGGGGCUUUAACCAGUCUUUGUGCUGUAGCGUCCUUGAUUUCCAUUCUUGCCGCUCCCAACACUUUCAUAUAUAUAUCGUUCUUUUUUUGCAUGGGUCGCCUAUACACAAACUCGCUCUUGGCUACUCUCAAUGCACGGAACAAGAUUCGAAAUGCAGGAGAUAACGUACAAACCACCAGUGGCCAGAACUUCUCAUUCUCUUUCAAAAGCUUCACAAAGCCUUCUUCCUUUGUCUCUUACUCGUCUAAGAAGCCGCCUGGCGAGAUAUCUAUCCAAAUCGACACGACUCGGGAGCGUAGGGCCCAGGAUUAUUCUAGCCGUCAUACUUUGUCAAAACAAGAGGAGGAGUAUGAGUUAGGGAACUCGUCGACUGGGAAUCUAUCUCAUGGUGACAUUGAAUCGACUGCUAGUAUCCAUACUCUUGCGAAUGACACACAUUUCGACGCUGUUUGAUAGCUGGUUUGUGUAAACAAGCUCCGAGUCUAAGGAAUGGAGGGGAUAUUUCUACAAAUUUUUUUUGCCCGUAUGCUUUUGGCCCUAUCCUGCUCAAUCAAUCUUUCAGUUACUGCUUCAAGUAUGAUUGUACUUCGUCUUUCGUUUGCUAUGCCACUAUCGCUCAGAUCAUUAUUGCAGUCUUGCUUAUAUUUGUACCAUCCCGUAGGGGAAGCAUGUUAUGUUGUAAAUAAACCAAACCAAAACUCAUUGCUCGUA